UUCUCCCACUGUCAGAAUCACCAUUAAAAAAUGAGAAAAAAAUGGUACUCUCAAGGAGAUAAAAAAAAAAAAAAAAAGGAAAAAGCAAAAAAUAAAAUAUAAAAAAGAAAAAAAUUGCUGUUUUUCAAUCGGGUGACGGAUGGUUAAAAGAAACUUCAAGAACUAACGUGCCAAAACGAGCAUUAAUGAGUAUUUAAAAAGGAAGUCGGCGAAGAGAAUCAAAUGACGCAAGACAUUGGCUCCAUAACCAUUUGUAAUUUCUGUAGCCCUCUGACUGCCUCGACGGCCAAAACCUGGCAUCUUCUCAUGCUCUCGGUCAUCGUUUAGGUUCAACCUCUCUCUGAAUAGGUAUAUAUUUAUCAUAUAUAUAUAUAUAUUAUAUCGGUCAAAGGAGUCGACUUGGGGUUCGAAAAUGGUCUUCAGAUUAAAUUCCGGUGACAUCGCCGGAUUCAAAUUAUUGUUACAUUUAUCGAUUCUAUACGGCCUCAUGUCAAUUCUAGUGUAUUCGGUAAUCCACAUGAAAUUCAUCAAACCCCUUGAUAUCGACGCCCCACUUGAUCGCUUCUCCGAAGCCAGAGCCAUCGAGCACGUACGUGUGUUGUCCAGUGAGAUCGAUGGUCGCCAGGAAGGGCGUAGGGGUUUAAAAGAUGCUGCCGAAUAUAUUAAAACUCAGUUGGAAAUGAUAAAGGAGAGAGCUGGAUCCAAUGUAAGGAUAGAGAUCGAGGAAACCACUGUCAAUGGUACCUUCAACAUGUUGUUUUUAGGCCACAGCUUAUCUUUUGCAUAUAGAAACCACACAAAUAUUGUUAUGAGGAUAUCUUCUGUAGAUUCACAAGACACUGAUCCUUCAGUUUUAGUGAAUGGCCAUUUUGACAGUCCACUUGGCUCUCCAGGCGCUGGUGAUUGUGGAUCAUGUGUUGCAUCAAUGUUGGAAAUAGCAAGGCUUACUGUUGAUUUGGGCUGGACUCCUCCUCGGCCAAUUAUAUUUCUAUUCAACGGUGCUGAAGAACUUUUUAUGUUGGCUUCCCAUGGCUUCAUGACCACACACAAAUGGCGUGACACAAUCGGGGCUUUUAUAAAUGUUGAAGCAUCUGGAACAGGAGGGCCUGAUGUGGUCUGCCAAUCUGGACCUGGGUCUUGGCCCUCUCAUGUCUAUGCACAAUCAGCUUUACAUCCUAUGGCAAAUAGCGCAACUCAGGAUGUUUUUCCUGUUAUUCCUGGAGAUACAGAUUACAGAAUAUUCGCUAAUGAUUAUGGCGACAUUCCUGGACUGGAUGUUAUCUUUCUCCUUGGUGGUUAUUUUUAUCACACCUCCUCUGAUACUGUGGAAAGACUAUUACCCGGAAGCAUCCAGGCACGGGGGAACAAUUUGUUCAGUGUGAUUAAGGCCUUUGCCAACUCUUCUAAGCUACGAAAUUCCUACGAAAGAGAAUCACUUAGAGCUGCUGCUGAUAUUCCAGAUGAUGAACAAGCUGUUUUCUUUGAUUACUUAUCAUGGUUCUUGAUAUUGUAUUCAAAAAGGCAAGCUCUGGUACUUCACAGUAUUCCUGUUGCCAUCUAUCUUCUUAUGCCAUUUUUGGUGCACUUACCAAAUAUUGGGUUAUGCUCUUGGUUUGUGACCUUCUGUGAUUUUAUAAAAGGAAUAUUGCUCCAUGCUAUUGGCGUUAUACUUGCUGUUAUUUGCCCAAUUACUUUUGCCAUCUUGAGAUUGCUUUUCUGUAGUCAAUCUAUGAACUGGUUUGCUCAUCCCUACUUGGCGUUCAUGAUGUUCAUACCUUUUUCAAUUGUUGGUCUGUUGAUUCCAAGAACUUUUUGGAGAUCCUUUCCUCGUUCUCAAGAUGUUUCUACUCGUAAAACAUCAACGGAGGCACUAGCUGAUGAAGCAAGGUUUUGGGGAGCAUUUGGGUUUUAUGCUCUUGUGAGUUUGGCGUAUCUUCUAGCUGGUCUGAGUGGAGGUUUCUUGACUUUUUCCUUGUCAGUUUUUAUGCUUCCUGCAUGGAUUUCCUACUGGCUAUCAAUUAAGUGCUUCGGUCGUCAAUCACUAAGGUCAGCAGCAUGUUAUGUAAUACCUCUAGUACCAAGCAUUGCAUACUCUGUCUAUUUUGGUGGGUUGUUUAUCCAAUUCUUCAUUGAGAAAAUGGGCAUGAUGGGUUCUCUUCCACCUCCUUAUGGUUUUUUCAUUCCUGACGUUAUAGUGGCAGCAAUUAUUGGAGCUGUAACUGGUUGGUCUGUGGGACCUCUUGUACCUGUUCUUGGCCAUUGGUUAGCCAGAUCAUCUGUAAUGCAAUUUUUGUUGCAUCUUGGUGUGCUUGCCUUGGCCUUGUCAUCGCAAUUCUUUCCAUACAGCAAGGAUGCACCUAAAAGGGUUGUUUUUCAGCAUACAAUAUUGACUGCAGAUGUAGAUCACAUUAUGGACUCCAGUUAUGAUUUUACUGUCGUUGACUCCAAUUACUUACCUUUUCUCUUCAAAUAUGCACCUGAAGUGACCAAGGAACUGCACAUUGGUUCAGAAUCGUCCUUCAAAAUCUUUAGUCAGUUUCAUCGGGAGAACUGGAUGGCACUUUUUCCUGUGUCUUUUCUGUUUUCAAGCAGCUUGACAUUCCCUGCAAAAAGUGAUGAAAUCUUGAAGCAGCAUAGAUAUUUCCCCUAUUUGUCAACUUAUAAGCCACCAACGAUUUCUAAUGGGGGUUCUCGGAGAGUUCACUUGGAAUUUUACUUAGGUUCCUUAAAAGAGGUUUGGGUUGCUGUCCUUAAUAUCACCGGUCCACUAUCUAGUUGGUCACUUGCGAACAAUAUACUUGCAGCUCCUGAAUUGUUGGAUGGCGGUCCACCAUCAUACAUAUGUAGACUUAGUGGAGUCGGCCUUGAGAACUGGACCUUCUGGUUGGAGGCAAGCAGUUCUGAAGCUUUAAGGAUUGAUGUUGCUGUAAUAGACCAAGAUCUAACAGAAUCAGCAAAGAAGUUGAAAGGUCUUUUCCCAAAGUGGGCAGAUGUCACCGCGUAUUCAAGUUUUAUGUCCAGCUAUUUAUUUUAGUUCGAUACAGGUUUUCCGGAUUGUAACCAUUAAAAAUUCACUAGGUGGCUUAUAAUUUGCUCUACAAACAGUUUAUGUAUGUAGAUCCUCCAAUUUAGUAAAAUUGAUACGAAUGUCUUAAACCUCAUUCAACAACACGCGACAAUGAUAAGCUCGAAAAACGUGUUUAAAAACAUUUAAUAUUUU